CAACGCACAACCCCCACUUCCAGUAAAAAAAAAAAAAAAAAAAAAUCUUCCUUUAAAAAUGGUCGAAGUUGGGGAGGUGUUGCAAGUCUAAAAAUAAAUUGAGAGAGAUGGAAAACUUAGCAAGUAAAUACGAUGGUAUAUUGCAGAGUGGGAAUUUGACCAAGUAUAUACUGGAAACCAGCGUUUACCCACGAGAACCAGAGAGUCUGAAAGAAUUAAGGAAUGCCACUGCAAGCUACCCUAUGCACUUCAUGGGCACUCAUCCUGAUGCGGGUAAGUUAAUGGGCAUACUCUUGAAGCUGUUGAAUGCUAAAAAGACAAUUGAAAUUGGAGUUUUCACUGGAUACUCUCUUCUACUCACAGCACUUAACAUUCCUGAUGAUGGAAAGAUUAUAGCUUUGGAUCCAGACCGAAAAGCUUAUGAAGUAGGACUUCCAUUCAUCAAAAAGGCUGGUGUAGAACACAAAAUUGACUUCACAGAGUCUCCAGCUUUACCAGUUCUUGAUAAACUCUUAGAAGAUCCUUCAAAUGAUGAAAAUUUUGACUUUGCCUUUGUUGAUGCUGAUAAACAUAAUUACUGGAAUUACCAUGAGAGGCUGAUUAAACUUAUCAAGAUUGGUGGAUUAAUUAUCUAUGAUAACACCCUUUGGGGUGGAACUGUUGCAUGGCCUGAAGAAGCUCUUCUAGAUCCCAGGAGAAAAAAAGUAAGGCAAGAUGCAAUUGCUUUCAACAAUGCAAUUGCAAGUGACACUCGUAUUGAAAUUUGUCUUGCUUCAAUUGGUGAUGGUUUCACUAUUUGUAGGCGUGCUCAUUGAUCAAUCAUUAUUUUCCUAUGUUGUGUUAUGGUUGAAUUUUCAUGUACUAUUGUUUUUGUUUUGGGUGGAGUUGAAUUUUCAUGUACUAUUGUUUUUGUUUUAGGUGGAUUAUUGAAUAAUGUUGCUUUAAACAACUUUAUCAACUGUAAGUUGUGGAGUAAACUUUGUUUUUCCUCUGAUUUUGUCAGUUUAAAUUUAUACAAAACAUGUUUGUGUUUCGUUUGAUGUGGAGAAGGGAUGAAUUUUAAUUGAAGGGUCUUGUAAAUUAACCGUUUUCA